AUGCCUUGGAUGACAACCACACUGUCACCGGUGACAGCCACACUGCCACAGGUGACGACCACACUGCCACAGGUGACGACCACACCGCCACAGGUGACAACCACGCCACAGGUGACAACCACACUGCCUCGGGGGACAAACACGCCACAGGUGACAACCGCACUGCCACAGGUGACAACCGCACCGCAGUGUUCACAGCUGGCACCCCCAGCAAACGGUGCCAUGACUGGCUCCAACUCCUACGGAGACGUGGUCACCUUCUCCUGUAACCAAGGAUACAAGCUGGUCGGCGCUUCUACACGUACCUGUCAGUCUGGCGGGACUUGGAGCGGAAGAUCACCAACAUGCAGUGCUGUACAAUGCCCGACACUGAAACCUUCAGUCAAUGUCAUCAUGAGAGGGACCAAGUCCUACAAGGAAUUGACGUACUUCAGCUGCAACCGUGGGUACAAACUUGUUGGUGCGGAAAGCAUCAGGUGCCAGGCAGACGGUACAUGGAGUGACAGGGUCCCUACUUGCCAAGCUGUAAGAUGUACCAAGCUGCAACCCCCAGCAAACGGUGCCAUGACUGGCUCCAACUCCUACAAAGACGUGGUCACCUUCACCUGUAACCCAGGCUACAAGCUGGUCGGUACUUCUACACGUACCUGUCAGUCUGACGGCACUUGGAGUGGAGGUUCACCAACAUGUACAGCUGUGCAAUGCCCACCACUGGUGCCUCCAGCCAAUGGCUACAUGACAGGUUCUACGGAGUACCGAGGAUCAAUGCGAUUCACCUGUGGUCACGGAUACAGCGUUGUAGGUGCGGAGACUAUCAGGUGCCUGGCAGGCGGCUCAUGGGGUGGCAGCGUUCCCACUUGCAAAGCUACAUGCAGAAAUGGCUACCAACUACUCGCUCAAACGUGCAUCCGGGUUGGACUUGAAGAAAAGGACUACGAAGACGCGCAAGCGGCCUGUAAGAGAGAGGGAGCCACGCUAGCCAUGCCGAAAACGGAGGAACUGGACGUCGCUGUGAGAAAUCUGAUCAUCGACAAGUACGGAAAGGACUCCAUGUACUGGAUUGGAUUGAAGGAAUCUGGAUUCUGGCGAUGGGAAGACGGGUCUAGCCUACAGGACAGCCAUUACAAGGGCUGGAGUCCAGGGGAGCCUGAUUCGGAUAUCAAGGCGUGGUUUUCUCACUCGGACUGUGUGCACUACUGGACCGGAUACAAUGGAGGAGAAACCAAAGUCGAGAUUGCGUCGAAUGACAGCCAGAAGGUCCCUAACACCAGCAACCCGAACGUGGGCAGAGAUGACAUUAGCAAUCUACGGCAACAGCCAGCUGAUACAGGGACGGACGACUCAGUCCCCAAAACGAAGGACUCCAACAUUACCGGCCUUAUUGACAACAGCAUGUACGUGCCUGGCGCCAUCCGACAAGCCACACUGUCAAUGGUGAGCAGCACACUGCCCCAAAUGACAACCACGUUGAACUGGAUGACAACCACACUGCCACGGGUGACAUCCACACCGGCCCAGGGAACAACUACCCUGUCACUUUUGACAACCACGAUGCCCCAGAUGACAACUACACCUCGAAAGACGACACCAGCACCGCAGUGUUUGAAGAUGCCACCCCCAGCAAACGGUGCCAUGACUGGCUCCAACUCCUACGGAGACGUGGUCACCUUCAUCUGUAACCCAGGAUACAAGCUGGUCGGUACUUCUACACGUACUUGUCAGUCUGACGGGACUUGGAGCGCAAAAUUACCAACAUGCAAAGCUACAUGCAGAGCUGGCUACCAACUAAUUGCUCAAACGUGCAUCCGGGUUGUUCUUGACAAAAAGAACUACGAAGACGCGCAAAUGGCCUGUAGGAGAGGGGGAUCCACGCUAGCCAUGCCGAAAACGGAGGAACUGGACGUCGCUCUGAGAAACCUGAUUGUCGACAAGUUCGGAAAAAACUCCGAGUACUGGAUUGGAUUGAAGGACUGUGGAUACUGGCAAUGGGAAGACGGGUCUAUGUUACAGGACAACCAUUACAAGGGAUGGAAUCCAGGAGAGCCUUCGGGUAUCCAUGCAUGGUUGCGUUCUUUAGACUGUGUACAGUACUGGUCAGGACCCACGGGCACCCCUAUGUGGGACGAUACUGGAUGCGGUAAUAACCUAAGGUACAUCUGUCAGGAUUCUUAA